UCGAUUAAGAAUAUUGAGCCGGGCAGCCCACUUGUGUCCAAUCACCGCGCCCCAGCACAUUCCAGCGGUUUGCGGCCAAAUUGCUGGGCCAUCAUGCCAGGCAGUUUAGUCACGAUUGGUGAAUGUUGUGUCACGCGGGUGCCGCAUCAGUCUGUGCGAGGCAGUGGUCAUUGCUCAACUUGCGUCGACGGAAGCACCGCCUUCCUUUCGAGCCAUGCUGUUGCAAAAGUCUCCGUCGUCAAAGAAAUAUGCCACGUUCUUUAAGGUGCCGCUAGCGUCGCCCAACGAGCACCGUCGCCAGUCCGCAUCGCUGCUGUCGAGACUCUUCUUCUCGUAUGCAGACGAUAUGAUGCAAAUUGGUAACACGCGGCAACUGGAUCAGGACGAUCUGCUGGUGCUAGAUGACGAGAGUCGCUCGGAAGUCGCUUACGCCUUCUUUAAGCGGCACUACCACCGCCAAAGCCAGUCUAUCGUCCGAGCUAUCAUACACGGCUACGGGUGGAAGUUCCUUCUCUGUGGGCUGGCGUCGGCGUUCACGACGGCAUGCAAUCUUUUCGCACCCGUUGUGUUACACCACGUGAUCGACGCCUUCGCUACACCGGAGAUGGAUCUGACGAGUCUCGGAGUGUGGCUAGCAGCCUUUUUCGCCUCUCGUCUCGCCAACGCUCUGGUGGCGCCACACGUAGACUUCCAGAUCCAAAUGAUGACGUUCCAAAUUGCAGUGUCAUUGCGAGCGCUGCUGUUCGAGAAGACCAUGCGACGCAGUAUUCAAAGUCGCAGCGACGAUAAAUCUGUUGACAUUGCAAAUAUCUACACGUCGGAUAUUCGGAGAGUCAUCUACGUUGCCAACGAGAUCAACACGUUGUGGAUUUUACCCAUCCAGAUCGGCGUUGUCGUCUACAUGUUGUACGACGUCCUUGGCCUUGCCGCUUUUGCGGGGCUUGCCGUUAUCGCGCUGUCGAUGCUGAUUGCUUUCUUCUUCACCAAGAAGACUAGUGGAGCGUACAGGGAGCUGAUGAAACGCAAAGAUACCCGCAUGAAACUCGUCAAGGAGGUAUUUGGGGCUAUUCAGAUAGUCAAACUCAACUCAUGGGAAGGAAAAUUUGAGGAGAAACUUCUUGCUCUGCGAUCGCUUGAACUGUCUGCGUUGGCAACAUUUGUGUAUUUCAUGUGUGGGUCCAUCUUUGUGCUGUGGGCAUCACCACUCUUCGUGUCGACAGUAUCGUUUGCAGUCUACACAUUGGGAAUGGAUCAAGUGCUAACAGCUGCAAAGGUAUUCACUGCCAUCGCAUUGUUUAAUUCUCUUCGUGACCCACUACGCGAUUUCCCGAGCAUCAUACAACAGUGUCUUCAGGCCAAGAUCUCGCUGGAGCGAAUGGCAGAAUACCUCGCUCUGCACGAAGUUGAUCCGUCCAACGUGUGUCGAAACGUUCCUUCUAUUCCAGGUGACGCUGCGAUCAUGAUAGAGCACGGCACAUUUGACUGGGGCCAAGCUGGAAAUCCGGUGCUGACGGACGUAAACCUCAUAGUCAAGAAGGGUGAUUUGGUCAUCGUUCAUGGACCUGUCGGCUCUGGCAAGUCUUCGCUGUGCUCUGCCUUACUAGGCGAGAUGGAGAAAAUUGACGGCAAGGUGUCUGUAAACGGUAAAGUGGCAUACUACUCACAGCAGCCGUGGAUCCAGAAUAUGACCAUCCGAGAAAAUAUCCUCUUUGGACAUGCCUUCGACCACAACAAGUACCAGAAUGUGCUGGAUGUCUGUGGCCUUCUCCCCGACCUGCAGCAAUUUCCCGGCGAUGAUGCAACUGAGAUCGGCCAAAAGGGAAUCAACCUGUCGGGUGGUCAGAAGGCUCGUGUGAGUCUGGCACGCGCCUGCUACUCCGACGCAGAUAUUUUCAUCUUGGAUUCACCUCUCGCAGCAGUGGACGCUGUGGUUCAAAGCGAGAUCUUCAGCAAAUGUAUCUGUGGGCUGCUAACAGAGAAGACGGUGGUUCUUGUCACUCAUAACCAGGACGUUGUCGAGUCUGGCGUAGCGAAUUGCAAGGUAUCAAUGUCAGAAGGUCAAGUUUCUAUCGAGCGACAAAAAAGUAAACGCCCUCGAACAUAUUUUUCGACACAGAUAUCACCGGACAAGACGGAGAACGAACCAAGAGCUACCAAGCAUGAUGACGAUAGCCUGAAGGACACCGCUCGUCUGAUCGAAGAUGAAGAACGCGAGGAAGGUCGAGUGUCGGCGACGGUGUUUUGGCACUACUUCGACGCAAUGGGAGGACUAAAAGUGUUGUUGCUGCUGCUGCUGAUCCAGUCAUUGUGGCAGGGAUGCCAAGUCGGGAGUGAUCUGUGGCUCAGUCACUGGACUGGUCAGAAGGGCAACACGUACGAUGCCUCACGAACCCAGUACAACAUGACAGUCUACGCAUUACUGGGCGGAGGCAGUGCUUUGAUGGUGCUCGCACGUGCUGUGACGACGGCUACUGCUGGACUCCGUGCUUCUCGCGAACUAUUUCAUCUGCUUACACAUGCGUUGUUGUAUGCACCAUUAAGAUUCUUCGACGCCAACCCGAUCGGCCGGAUUCUCAAUCGAUUUGGAGAAGACAUUACUGCAGUGGAAACCGACAUCCCAUUCGACACCGGAAGCCUAUUGGUGGCAGGCUUCUUCACAUUUUGCCAGCUUGCGACGGCCAUCUACAUUGUGAAAAUACUGAUCGUGUUCAUCAUCCCACUCGCGUAUCUCUAUGUCAAGUUCGCAAAGUUUUACUUGAUGCCGUCUCGAGAGAUUUCACGGUUGCUGAAAGUGGCGUCUUCUCCAGUUCUCAGUCACAUUUCUCAAGCCGAAGAAGGCGUUACUACGAUCCGAGCUUUUGGACCGGAAUGUGUGGAUCAAACAAUUGCUAAGAACUUAUCACGGAAUGAUGUGAAUGCUCGCGCGUGGUUUUGCGAUUUUGUAGUGUCGACGUGGUUUCAACUUCGCAUGAAGCUCAUCGGCUGUGGUGUUGUGAUUGCUGUGGUGUCAUGUCUAGUCUACCUUCGAGACUAUCUAUCACCGGGGCUUGUUGGUGUUGCGUUUACUUACGCAUUGAGCAUUGACAGUCGUCUCGCUCGACUAGUACAUGUCUGGUCUUGGCUAGAAAUCGAAAUGGUCAGUCCUGAAAGAAUCAUGGCGUAUGCUUCGAUUACACCAGAGGAAGAGCAGAGCAUUCUCGCAAUUGAACCGAGUCAGCCAUGGCCCAAUACUGGGAACAUUUCCUUCCAAGACGUCGUCUUCAGCUACAAACAAGGUGCUGCAUCUGUACUCAAGGAACUCUCCUUCAAUAUCCAGAACAACGAAAAGAUCGGCAUUGUCGGACGCACCGGUGCAGGCAAGUCCAGCCUCACCAUGGCGCUCUUCCGUAUCAAUGAGUUGGUCUCCGGUCGCAUCCUCAUCGACGGCAUCGACAUCGCCACUAUGCCACUACGCACAUUGCGAUCGAAUCUGUCCAUCAUUCCGCAGUCACCUGUACUGUUCAAGGGUACACUGCGAGCCUACAUGGAUCCGUUCGACGAGUUCACGGACGCGGACAUCUGGAACGCAUUGGAGAAGGUGGAUAUGAAGACGCAGGUGUCGGCACUGGAAGGUCAGCUAUCGUACGAGUUGAGCGAGAACGGGGAGAACUUCAGUGUGGGCGAGCGGCAGAUGCUGUGCAUGGCUCGCGCUCUACUGACUCGGAGCCGCAUCGUGGUGAUGGAUGAGGCGACGGCGUCCAUCGACCACGAGACGGAGAAGAAGCUGCAGCAGAUGAUCAAUCGGGACUUCCAGGACGCGACGGUGUUGACGAUCGCUCAUCGAUUGGGCACGGUGUUGGAUUCGGAUCGUAUCCUGGUAUUGAGUGAUGGCCGUGUGGUGGAGUUUGAUAGUCCUCGGGAGUUGGUGAAGAACACGAACGGAGUGUUCUAUGCGUUAGCGAAAGAGGGAGGAUAUUUAGACAAAUUGCAGUAAGAAGCAUUUAAGAAAGAACGUGAGCGUUAAGCUGGAAUCAUCUUGGUCAUGUCCCUGUGCGAAGGCG